UUUUUCUCCCUCUCUCAUUCUAUCCCAAAGGAGGGUUCGCUCACUCGGUGCUAUGUCUACUACGUACUCCCGUACUCAGGAGAGCGACGCGUGGGCCCUUCUGGCACUGAAGUCGGCACCGGCCAGCCCGACGAAGAUGCAGUGGAACCCGGAGGCAAAAGGUGCACCGAUUGCACGGCUGGAGGGUCGGGAGUUUGAAUACAUGGUUAGACAGCGACGUAUCACUAUCGGACGUAACAGCAGCAAGGGUGAGGUCGACGUCAACAUGGGCCACUCCAGCUUUAUUUCACGACGACACCUUGAAAUCUUCUAUGAUCAUCCUUUUUUCUUUAUGAUUUGCAAUGGUAAAAAUGGUGUUUUCGUUGAUGGAGUCUUUCAACGAAAGGGUGCGCCUGCCUUCCAAUUACCAAAGACGUGCACAUUCAGAUUUCCAAGUACAAAUAUAAGACUCGUAUUUCAAUCGUUGGUGGACGAGCAAGAGCAAAGUAACGUACGCAUACCGUCUCCACCGAAACAUAGGGCACCAUUGCCACCUCUGCGCAUCAAUAUCCCAGAUGCUGGUUAUAGCAGCCCAUUUCCUUCUCCUACGGGAACUAUCAGUGCUGCAAAUUCAUGUCCAGCUAGUCCACGUGCAGGGCAAGGAAGGAGAAACAUAUCGGCAGAUCUACAAAUGGUAGCUGUGUACGCCGCAGCUGUUGCGAAUGAUCCACAAAAUUCAAAUAUGGAUAGACACGACGGGGGUCAAAGUUCUAGUAGGCAAAUAAGUCCAGAGCCCGGUGUGGAGUCUAGAUAUAGAGGUGGAAGUAGUAGUGGGCCAAAUGGUGCAACGGCGCAUUGUAGUCCACCAAAAGAUGAUUCUAAGCCACCGUAUUCGUACGCCCAGCUAAUUGUUCAGGCGAUAGCAUCUGCAGCAGAUAAACAGCUGACUUUGUCUGGCAUUUAUUCUUACAUAACAAAGAAUUAUCCGUAUUAUAGGACUGCGGAUAAAGGGUGGCAAAAUUCUAUAAGGCAUAACCUGUCGUUGAAUCGUUAUUUCAUCAAAGUACCAAGGAGUCAAGAGGAGCCAGGUAAAGGAUCCUUUUGGAGAAUAGAUCCACAGUCGGAAGCGAAGCUCAUAGAACAGGCGUUCAGACGAAGAAGACAACGUGGAGUUCCAUGUUUCCGAGCACCGUUCGGUCUAUCAUCGAGGAGCGCGCCUGCAUCUCCGUCUCACGUUGGAAUCAGCGGACUGAUGACACCGGAAUGUCUCAGCAGAGAAACUUCGCCAGGGCCAGAAUCUUAUCCAGAUAGUACCGUAUCAUCUCCGGCUGGUCAGUUGACUAGUCAAUCUGCGCCAGGAUCACCUGGUCAUCCGUACGCAUCCUCGAGUCAAUCAUCUCAUAAAGGUCGUUUAAUGCAGCAGAUUACCGUGGUGACAAACGGUGUUGGUGGUGAUACAAGCAGAGAAGAUAAAUACAUCGUAUCUGGAAAUACAACAGAGGAACAUUCUCUUUCUCCAUCUGGACAGUAUAGUCCGGCACCUGUUAUUGUACAGACCACAUACAACUUCAGUGGAAGCUUUAUUGGUCCCGACGCAGGCGUCGGAGUUGCAAAGCGUACGCAUGAGGAAUCGGAUAGUUCUCCAGGUUCACCGGCACCGCUCGCCAUUGUCGAAACGGAUCGUGGUCAUUGUAACAAAACGGUAGAUAUAUACGACGAUGUGUCGAGUCCGGCUGUGACUGCAGCGAAUUGGGGGAAACCGUUGUCCUGCUGGUAUCGGUUCCGAUCGUUUCGCGGCGCGAAAGAAUGGAUCUUGCGGGUUCGUUUCAAAAAAUUCAAGGUCGGCGUACUAGAGAAUGCUACCACUUGUUCCGGAGGUUAUUUGCAGAUCGUGGAUGGAAACACAAAGACGGAAGUGAGCAAUCGAAAGGAUCCGGGAGUUUAUUGCGGCGAAUCGGAGCAACAGCAAAUGUUCAUCUCCGAAACAAGUUUUGUACGGGUGAUAUUCCACGCGGAUAACUUUACCGAUCAGACGUAUUUCAGCUUCGACUCUCGAGCAGAACCACAGUUCGAAGAGUAUCUGAGAUACGGCCAACAUCCGGAGCUUUACCCGAACCGCAGGGGCGAGAUCGUGCCCGGAAGUUAUUGCGAGAGAGUAUUCAAGGAUUGCAGGUUGCAAACGUGUUACGUGCAAAGCCCGGCCUACCCGGGUAUAUAUCCGCGCGCUUUACACUGCAAGUACCGGCUGAACACGCGGCUACCGUUCAUAAAGUUGUACAUCGAGAACGAAGAGUUUAACAUCGACGGGCAGAGAUGCGAGAACAUCAUGACCUGUCCGAUGAGACCGAUCAGUUCCGGCUCGGAGCAUUGCCCGUACGACUAUAUACGCGUGUACGACGGCAAAGACGAGAAUAGCACGGCGAUCGGCACGUUUUGUGGUAUGGGCAAGUUCCCGUACAGCAUCAUCGGUACCAGCGAGGAUCUUUACGUGGAGUUUGUCUCGUCACCGGCGGGCCCCCUCUUGAACACCGGCUUCCACUUCAACGUCGGCAACUGGCCAGGCCACGUGGAAACGGCCGGGGUGCGAAACGGCAGCUGCGAUUGGCUAUUGAACAGCGAGUCUCUGCACACCGGUAACGAAGGCAUAUUCCUUUCGGUAGCACACUGGUAUCCACCGCAUACCAGUUGUACCUAUCUGUUGAAAGGGCGGCCCGGGGAAAUCGCCAGGCUUUAUUUUCCCAGCUUUCGAGUGAAUCGCAUCGAGUCGCCGAUACAACCGUACGACGGCGAUUGCGGCGAGAGCCUGACCCUGUACGACGCCGAAUGGCCAGAUGACGCGAAGAUCAUUAAAACUUUCUGCGACACGUUCAGCAAACCGAUGGAGAAGCACGAUUUCGUCUCGAGUUCGAACGCUCUGUUUGUCAAGUUUGAGAGCAAAACGGGCAGCUAUUCCGGCAGCUCGUUGUACUAUUGGGCGCACUACGAUUUCUUCAACGCGACCAGAAUCGGCGUGCCCGUUCCUGGAACAGAGUGCGAUGAAACAUUCGCCUCGUGGAAAGAACGCUCCGGCCGACUUCGGUCACCGCUCAACACUCUCGUUUAUAAACGGCCCGGUGAUCCACCGUCUGACCUGUCUUGCACCUACACCUUCGUCACAGACAAGCGAUUGUACGCGAGAGUGAUACUCACGAUGGAGUCGGUCUCUUUCAAAGAGCAUCCGUACGCACAGUGUGGUCAUUGUUGGGAUAGUCGAGUGGAUCGGUUGAUCAUCCGAGAACCGGCCGUUGCGGACGCCACGGCCACCGAUCAUCAGCAUAGUAGUAGUAGUAUCGUUGGCGGCAGAGGACAUUGCAUUUGUCGAUCGAGGAUAAACGGCGGUGAAGGAGGAGAACCGGUGGUUCGCGUGAUCUCGCGCGGGGAGAAGCUCGAGUUGAAGCUACUGGUGGAUGGUGCGCAUGCCGCGGUAAGCUAUUUCAAACAGUCUGCGCCGUUGUUCGAGGCGCGGUACGAGUUCGUUCACAGCCCGUUGUGCGGACCGGCGGUUCUCCCAGCCACCACCGACGGCGAAAUCGAAUUUCCGCACUACGAAGCGCUCGGAUACGUUACUCCGCCACGGUCGAUCAAGUGCAUAUGGGAGUUGCGCGUGAACCGAGAGAGGGACGUUUGGUUGCAUUUCGACAAGAUCAAGUUCGCCUCGAGGUCCUGCGAGGAUGGGAAACUGGAGAUCUUCUUGCCUGGAAGCACAGAACCGUUUCUCGGUAUAUGCGGCGAGAACGUGAGCUACGUUCGAGAAAUGCCGAUUAUAUCAGCUGCACAGAUCGCACCACCGAGCGAUCAACAGCCAGAGGAGUGGGAAUGGCCGACCGUGAUCGUUCAGUUCACCGGGUCGAUGGCUCCGGCGAGAGCGGCGUUUAAAAUCGCUUGGACGGAAUUGUAUCAUCUACCGCGUGACUCGUCGGGUGGGCUGAAUACGCAGAAGCUCGAGGAAUUUUGCGGAUUCCAAUGUCCGGGCGACGCCGGUUGCAUUCCCGCCAGGCUCGUGUGCAACGGUGUGGUGAACUGUCCGGUGCCGGAGCAUCAUCGAUCGGUCGUUAAGAACACGGCGCACAACGGUAGCUUGGGUAUCCCGGACGACUUGGGUUUGAACGACGAAUCGAUUGAAACAUGUGGCACCGACGUACUCGGAAAACGCGCCGGAGGCGGUGGCGGAUUAGCCAGUGUUGUGGGCUCUGCUGGAUGGGCGGGUGCCGGUCUAGGCGCUGCCCUCGCCAUUCUCCUUGGCCUUAUCUGCUUGAUCACAGUUUGUAAAAUUUGCAGACGGCGUGCGGCCUCCAGGGAUAUUCACGUACCUUAUUGAACUCAGAAAGAUUCACACAACCUACCCUCUGCGUCACUAGUCCCAUUACCAAUGUCCAAUGCUGUCGACUGAUCUCAACCUUGCGGUUUGCUUCACGGUUAAGACGUUUCUUCCUUCUCCUCGCAGGCGACGGAGGCGCGGACAUGGAGCGACUAAAGGAGGGAUGGGGCAAAACGAAAGCACGGCGAUCACAUCGUAGACGCUCAAUUGCAAACACGUUGAAUUCGAUUGCUCCGUUCGUUUUACUCGUGACAGUGAAAAGAGUGUAGAGGAAAGGGGAAACAAUGGUAAAUUAGACGAAUGACUGAUCUAAUAGGUAGAUAAGAUAGUUAAGUGUAUUGUUUUAGGUGUACAUUAACAUUAACACAUACGUACAUAUGCAUAUACAUGUGUAUAGAGAAGCGAAGGAAUUUGAGGGAGGAAGGAGGAAAAGGGAAUAGAAAAUAUGCAAAUAACACCCACAAUAUCCUUUCUUUGCACUUUGUUAUAUCGUCGAGUAAGAAAGUAAGAGAAACGGAAGUAUUGGGCUUUCUACGGUCACGCGCGAACGUUAUAUCGCGCGUACACGGGCUUAGGUUCGCGAAGAUGACGCGAUCAUUUUCAGGAAUGUUUCACUCGUAUGGUUCAGUUGACAAAACAAUUGUAUUCGCGCGUUACAUGUAAUACACGUUAUAAAGAGUGCCUGCGAAUGUUUGGUGGAUAUGCCGAACACAUUUGUACAUACAUACUUCGAUAUUAAAGGAUAGGAAGUGUUUAUUAUUUUAGGGAGUAAGCGCACCAAGAGCGAAUAAACUUGAAAUCAAACAUCGAUGAAAUUGUUAUCGAAUUCGAUUCGACGAACAGUCGUGUUCUUUUGUAUACAUACAUACACACGUACGUACGUAGUUGGCGUUCUCUGAUUAGAUUAAACGAUAAUAACGUAGAAUAUUAUGACGGAAGAUUGUUAACGAAUCUUCAGGAUGCUGUGCGCUGACGCACAGACGACAGACGACAGACGACAGACGAACGAUGUGAUUUCAUUUACCGAACGAUCCAAAUCACCCCGCCUCUCUGCCCGCGGUUCGGAAACACCGAAAUUCGCCGCUCUCUUUCUCUCCCUCCCCCGACUCUAUCGAACGAAUCUUUAUGCCACUUUUACCUUUCCUCUAACGUUCCUCACCAUUAUUAUACGUUUACCAGCACUUUUUACACUGGAUUACGCGUUUACGUGAAACGUUAUUGUUAUUGUUAUAUACUACCGUUUCUCGUCGUUGUCACCUUCACUAGCGUCGUCGUUGCAAACAUUAUCGCUACUGCCAGCAGCGUCAUCCUUGUAUUAUUAUAUUUUUUACAAAUAAAGAAUAUCAUCAGUGAUGAGAUUGAAAGAGGGAAGCGAGGUGCGCGCGUGUGAGAGAGAGAGAGAGAGAGAGGAGAGAAAAAGAAACCGUUUUGAUGUAUGAUAGUUACACGAUUUUUCAAUUGACUAUUCGCCACGAUUGGAUCGCCCUCUGGAAUAAUAUCGUCGAGAUUUGAUCGUUUCUCUUUUUUUCUUCU